AUGGAACUGAUCAGUGAUGGUAGAGAGCUAAGGCAGUCCCAUUCAGUCCCUCCUACUUCACUGCCUCACGACAAAGGAGCAGAACAUGCAACGAAGGAGAAAACAGAUGAUGAUAAAGGUGACGGCAGUGCCGUCUUGUCGCCGUCAUUGCCAGCUCGUGAGAAAACAGAUGAUGAUAAAGGUGACGGCAAUGCCGUCUUGUCGCCGUCAUUGCCAGCUCGUGUCCCACCGUCUCCGAUUGUCGUCGUCAAUCAGAGAAAGAGUAGCGACGAACCAGUGGAUGUGGGAGAACGGAAAUUGCGAAAAUCCUAUGUGAAUGAUAUCGACUGGUUCGCUGCGUUCAAUAUGAAGGUUCGCUCUUCUUAUGAUUUCUUCGCUUUUUUGAAUUAUUUAAAUAUUUAUUAA